CCAAAAACAAAAAUGCAAUCAAACAUCACCGCUUCAUUAUUCAUAGCGUUGCUUAUAUUUGGAGUAAUCAGUGCAGCUCCAUCUCAUGAAAAAACACACAAAAAAUGCUCUGAUAAAUUAUAUUUGGCGAUGAAGUCGUUGUGUAGUUAUCGAGGUUAUAGUGAAUUCUUAAGAAAUUCUGCAACUAAGUGUUGCCAAGACAAUUGUGAGAUUUCGGAAAUGAUGGCGUUGUGUGUUGUUGCUCCCAAUUUUGACGACGAUCUCCUUCAUUAAAAUACUGUGUAAAAUUUUUAUUGUUUUUAAUAAAUAAAUUAUUUUUUUAACGAAA